UUUUGGUGGGUUCUUGAAUAAUUAUUUUAUUCCCAUAGUUAAUUACUAUCAUUUUCAUCUCCAUUCAAAGAAAAAACCAAACCAAUCUCAGCUCUGUCGUUGUCCCUAUCCCUAUGAAAAUCCUCCUCUUCCCUUCUCAUACAUAAACAACCACACCCACUUCCUAAAACCAUCAAUAUCAAAAACCCAAAAGAAAAAAAGAAAAAGGAAUCUGAAAAAGAUGAUUCAAUUUAUCCAUUUUCCCAUCAUUAUCGUUUCUUUGUUCGUUGUUUCACUAGUGUCCCCAUCCCUCUCCACCAACGCUGUCGACACAUGGUGCAGCCGAACGCCAUAUCCUGACGUGUGCAACCACAUCUUUAACGCCAAACAUUUCAACCCAACGAAGCUCUCAGAAUUCAAAACAAUGGCUCGUAAAAUCGCCCUGGACACAGCUCUCGCAACAGAAACCCUCACAAAGCAACUCGGCCUUAAUAGCCCUACCGAAAAAGAGAGCGCCGCGUUGGCCGAUUGCUUACACCUUUACAAAAUCACAAUCCUCCAGCUCAACAAAACAUUCUCCCACAAAUGUUCUGAUUUCGAUAUUCAGACGUGGCUCAGUUCCGCACUCACCAAUCUCGACACGUGUCGUGCCGGGUUCGCAGACCUCCACGUGGCUUUCCCGCUGCUGCUGAAUAAUAAUAACGUGACGAAGCUUAUAAGCAACAGUUUGGCGAUGAAUAACUACUCGAAAUCCAAUUCGGAGACGGGUUAUAGAAGGGGGUUUCCGACGUGGGUUCGGGCCAGGGACCGGCGGCUACUGCAGGCGGAGUCGCCCAAGGCGAAUGUGGUGGUGGCGCAGGAUGGGUCUGGGAAUUACCGGACGAUUGCGGCGGCGUUGGCGGCGGGGAGGAGGAGUGGGAGUGGGAGAUUUGUGAUAUAUGUGAAGAAAGGGGUUUAUGAGGAGAAUGUGGUGAUUGGGAAUGAGAUGAAGAAUAUAAUGCUUUUGGGGGAUGGAUUGAGGUACACCAUUGUUACUGGGAGUAGAAGUGUUGGAGGAGGUUCUACAACUUUCAAUUCUGCCACUGUUUUUGUGAGCGGAGAACGUUUUAUUGGCCGUGGCAUAACAUUCCGCAACACUGCCGGACCUGAAAACUACCAAGCGGUAGCCCUCAUGUCAGGCUCUGAUCGCUCCGUCUUUUUCAGGUGCGGCUUCGAGGGAUAUCAAGACACUCUCUACGCCCAUUCCCAAAGACAAUUCUACCGAGAGUGCUACAUCUACGGCACCAUCGAUUUCAUCUUUGGCAAUGCUAUCGUCGUCCUCCAAAACUGCAUAAUCUUAGUGAGAAAACCUAUCCACGGGCAAGAAUGCACUGUCACUGCCCAAGGCCGCAUGGAACCCAACCAGAACACUGGAAUCUCGAUCCACAAUUCGAGGGUGAUGGCCGCGGCCGACCUCGAACCGGUUCGAAGCUCGGUUAGAACCUACUUGGGGAGGCCAUGGAAUCAGUACUCUCGAACAGUUUACUUGCAAAACUACUUGGAUGACUUGGUGAAUCCUGCAGGGUGGUCGGAAUGGAGUGGUGAUUUUGGUCUUAAUACAUUGUAUUAUGGAGAGUAUAAGAAUUUUGGGCCUGGUUCUUCUACUAACAAUAGAGUGAAAUGGAAGGGUUAUAGAGUGAUAACAAGUGCCACAGAAGCAUCAACGUUUACUGUUGGAAAUUUUAUUGGUGGGAAUUCAUGGCUACCUGAGACUGGAGUGCCGUUCACUGCUGGCCUUUGAAAGAUUUGAAAAUCAGUGAUUUUAAUCUUUAAUUUGUUGACUUUUAGCUACAUAAAACACAUUAAUAAUUAAGUUGG